ACCCACACACAUGUACAUUAGUAUAUGUGCAAAGUGGAAAAGUAAAUAAAUAAUAUAAUUAGUUAAAAUAAAUUGUCAAUAUAAUUAUUGUCAAAUCCCAAUCAUGAUCAUGAUCGAUAACAAACAUGUGAAGGUCUUCGUCCAAUCUCGUAUCCCACCAUGCAUGCAAUAUCAAAAAUUAGAUAUAUAUAUCUACGAUAAGGUGAAGUCACCAUUGAUGUUUCAUACCUGGUAUCUUAUGCGGAUAAAGGAUGGUCCAGUAUCCCCUUAAUCUCAACAGCCUGUGUAACCCUCAAGGGCCUCCUGACUAGGUCAAUAUCAAAUCAACCAAUAUUAGGAUACUAUAUAAAACAUUAAUAUUCAAAAUUUAAUAAUUAUCCAGACUGGGCAAGUGGCGUCCUCUUCUUAUUAAAUGAGUAAAGUCCAAGGUCUCCAUAAUGGAGUCCACAUCCAUAGAUGUUGUUAUAGUGUGUGUGGGGGGAUGGCUACAAAAAAGUCCAUCAAUCCCUGGGUUGUCCAUAUUAGAUAGGUUAAUGUCUUCCACAUACCAAAGAGGUUGUAAAAAACUCCAUCCAGUGUCAUAACCAAAGAAUGUUUCAUCCUAGGGGGGACUAGCAGCAGUCAGUAGGGCCCAAAUCCAGGCUGAAGAAUCCAUUAUCCAUAAGCAUCAAGCUAUUACGAGUACAUCCAAAUAUUCUCAUGUGUUCUCCUUUUUAUCAUCUUCCUAGAAUCCACAUCACACCCGAUAUUUGAGACUCAGCAAGUGUUCGAACAACAGGAGAUCCAGAAAUUCUACUUCCAAAGCAACCAAGGCUAGAACUCAUGACCACGUGAUUGAGAGGCUGCAGGAACCAGGCAGCGCCAUGGGGGAGCUGGGCUUCCAAAGCAACCAAGGCUAGAACUCAUGACCACGUGAUUGAGAGGCUGCAGGAACCAGGCAGCGCCACGGGGGAGAAAGGAAACUCAAAAAGAAAAGAACUGCCUGUGGAUCAUAACAGAAGCUGAUAAGUACUGAUGUAUUCUCAUAGUAUCCAUGGUGGAACAACUUGCUCAAGUACAUAACAGUUCUGCACAGAAGGCAAUGGAGUUCAUGUGUUCUUACCUGCCUGAGCAAGGAGGUAUCCAAGGAAUCUGUUUCCUCAUAGCUGAACUCUUUGGACCUGAUCUAAUCAAGUUGUUAAAUCACCAACUGAGAGCAGAUAUAAUUUGCUAUGCAAUAAAGUUGUGUAAAACUGAACCACACGAGCCGGUCUGUCAUCUGUAUAAGAAGCCUGCGAUGGGACUAAAAAGGACAAUCAAGCAAGCUGAAAAGAUGAUCAGAAAGUCUAACUAUAUGCAAAACUAUGACAUUUUUUCCGGAGUUCUCUUGAAGAUUUGUUCACUUCCACUGUUCAGAAUGAUUUGCAAAACAAUAGACUCGUCAAUACCAGCAGAAGACAAUGACCAGGAUAACUUCAGUGCAUUUCCUACAUUGCGAGGAUAUCACUGGAGAGGAAGAGAUUGUAAUGACAUGAACAACUCUAUUUAUCCUGGACGAAGCCCAAAAGACUGGGAUUUUCUGCAGGAUUCAAACUGCAAUGGAAUAUGGGGAUUUGACCCAGAAGAUGGACUUCCAUAUGAGAAAAAAUUCUGUGAAGGUACUGAUUCAAAGGGUAUUAUAACAUUAGGAGACUCUGCCGCUGCCCACUUUCAUAUACCCCCGGAGUGGUUAACACCUGUGAACAUGUCUAAGGACUCAUUUUCAAACAUGGCACUUGCUAUUUCCAAUGAACUUGACUGGCCUCAGUUUUCACUGUACACAGGAUUUCAGAACUCAACAAUUGGGGGAUGGACACAGUCCUUAUAUCUACGGUUAAGAGAGCGGAACCGCUGCAACCACAGAGAUUACCAGAACAUAGCAAGGAAUGGAGGUUCAAGUUACAAUUUGCAGAGCUAUUUGAAAAGUAUGGCAAGAAAUCAGCAAUUGGAUAAACCUGUAAUAGUUCUUUAUGCAAUGAUUGGUAAUGAUGUCUGCAAUCCUUCACAUGAAACAUUGAGACACAUGACUACCCCUCAGGAGAUGAAUACGAACGUCAUGAAGGAACUGGAAUAUCUAGAUAUGAAUUUGCCUAAAGGAAGCCAUGUGAUUUUAAUGUCAUUGGCAGAUGGACGAUUUCUCUGGGAUACCUUACAUGACAGAUAUCAUCCUUUAGGGCAAUUAAAUAAGGACAUCACAUAUGAACAAUUCUACGGGUUCUUGAGCUGUCUUAAGAGUAAUCCAUGUGAAGGGUGGAUGAAUAAGAAUGAAACUCUUCGCAAUCUAACCACGGAGAGAGCUGAACAGCUAUCAAGUGUGCUCCAGGAAAUAACAACCUCCAAAAAGUUCACAAACUUUGAACUUAGUUACUAUGAAAAUCUGUUUCAGAAAGUGACUGCAAAAUGGGAGAGUUUAGGAGGAAACGCGUGGGAUCUGCUGGAACCAGUAGAUGGAUUUCAUCCAAAUCAGGUUGCAUCAGCCAUUGGAGCAGAUGUCAUUUGGGAGGAAAUACUCCAAAAGCAGCCAGAAAUUUUUGGAAAACAGAAUCCUUUCAAUCAAGAAAUUCAAAGCAGAUUUGGAGACCAAGGUGGACACUGAUAAGAUGAUCAUGUGCCUCCCAGUUGUGGACUUUUCAGAUUUAAUUUUAUCGCUAUAAAUCUGGCCUGAUCUAUGUCUGGCACAAAUGGCGUGUCCUAUAUUUUUUGAGCAUUUUACACUAUUUUGAAGUAAACUCAUUUCUGAAUUUCAAGCACUAUAUUCAUUUAAAAAAAUGUUACGGGGGAAAACAAGGAAAGAAAGAAAUUUUCUGGUGAUAAUGCAAAGAGAAAAUCAGGAGAAAAAGCAGGAAGAUUAAGACUGAAGUGUUAACCUUUAGGAGACAUUUAAAGUCUAGCUAGCUAGACAAGUUCAGCAAAUAUCAAAACCUAGGUAACAUUACAGAACAGUUACGUGCACACAGCUAUUUCUGCUGUCUUUCAAUCAGAGCUGCAAGCUUAUCAGAAGUAGCACAAAACUGACCAUGGCAAAUGUUUAAUGCCAGCAAGACGGGUAAUUAAUCCGGAGGGGAUUUCAUUUUCCUACUGUGAUUGGUUUGUUAGGUGUGAAAAAUCAAGGAGAUUUCAUGUGUCCACUUGCUAAGUAAACUUUUGUAGCUCAAUGCAUUUUACUGAAAUAACAUUAUUACUGUGAAAUAAAAUAAUUAA